UGGGACGCAGUGCAAUGGCGGCAGCAAGAGCAAGAACAGGAGUGGGCUUGCUGAGGGUGAGUGUGCGUCUCUGGGAGUGGGAAUCAUUACAUCAAGGCCGGAGAUCGACAAGGGCAAACAACAUUUGGUUGAACUAUGCGGGGAACUUCCAGAUGUUGAUUAAAAUAGAAGAGGGUCUGAAUCUGGUUGCGGAUAUCGAGCCUCCUAAAGGCAUUGUCCCAAAGACCCCGCUGUGAGCUACGGCUGUACUGUCAGCAGUCACCUCGGUUUUAUCACAACAGUUAUUCCAAGCUCACGAUGUUCACCAUGGACCCCGGAGAUCUGUUAGCACAACGUUUAAGGCUACUGAUUUACAGAUUGAGAUUUCUAAGCACCCCAAGGAGAAGCCUGACAGCAGUAACCUGGUGUUUGGAAAGUCGUUUUCAGAUCAUAUGUUAACAAUAGAAUGGAGUGCAGAGAAAGGAUGGGACAAGCCCCUUAUCAAACCCCUGCAAAAUCUCUCACUGCAUCCAGCAACUUCAGUCCUGCAUUAUUCUAUUGAGCUGUUUGAAGGUAUGAAAGCUUUCCGAGGGGUAGACAACAAGAUUCGCAUGUUCCGACCGGAUUUGAACAUGGAACGAAUGCAUCGAUCAGCACUCCGAGCGUGUCUGCCGGGCUUUGACAAAGAAGAGCUGGUGGAGUGCAUCCGAAAGCUAAUUGAAGUUGACAGAGAAUGGGUCCCAUAUUCUCAUGCAGCAAGUCUCUACAUCCGGCCCACUUUCAUUGGAACGGAGCCUUCCCUUGGGGUGUCUCGAGCUGAUCAUGCCCUACUCUUUGUUAUCGUUGGGCCUGUUGGACCCUACUUUGCCACAGGAAGUUUCAACCCCGUCUCAUUGCUUGCUGAUCCCAAAUAUGUACGUGCUUGGAAAGGCGGCGUAGGUGACUGCAAAAUGGGAGGAAAUUAUGGUCCUACGAUAUAUGUUCAGAAUGAGGCCCAGAAACAAGGCUGUCAGCAGGUUCUGUGGCUGUACGGAGACGAGCAUGAGCUCACAGAAGUGGGAACUAUGAACAUCUUCAUUUAUUGGAAGAAUGAGCAAGGCGACGUGGAGUUGCUCACUCCUCCAUUGGAUGGUACAAUCCUCCCAGGAGUCACAAGGCAGAGUUUGUUGGACUUGGCUCGUCAGUGGGGUGAGUUUAAAGUUUCAGAACGAGGGAUAACAAUGGCUGAACUGAUUAAAGGGCUGCAAGAGAAUCGAGUGGACGAGGUUUUUGGCGCUGGUACAGCCUGUGUUGUCUGUCCAGUGAAUCGAAUCUUGUAUCGCGAUCAGAACUACCACAUUCCCACCAUGGAGAAUGGCCCAGAACUAGCAAAACGGUUCCUGAAAGAGCUAACAGAUAUUCAGUAUGGCCGAACCUCAAGCAACUGGACACACCUGGUCAUCUAAGCACUGGAAAUCUGUUUCCUGUUCUGCAAAAAGCUGAGCCAGUUGCCAUCUGUGUUGCUUUGAGAUGGGAUACCUGGUAUCCUUUCUGAUAAUUUGUGUUGCUUCAAGAAAAUAUCUGACAUUUAUUAAUCUAGUUCAAUAAUAGAUUUAGUCAGGAUUGGUACUGUUUUUUAAAUUAAUUAGUCUGACUAAAUAUAUAAUGUUAACUGCAUACCAACUAUGCUAUUGCUGUUUAUGGGAGUUUGGAAUUUAAAUUCUACUUGAUGUCAGUGAAUACCAAAGUGCUUAGCAUUACUGACCCUGGUGCAAUGUGAAACUCUCCACUGCAGAUGUCCAAAGAAAUCACUCAUGCAGGAAGAAGUGAGUAAUAUUUCAGCCACGAUCCCAUUGAAUGGCAAAGCAGGCUUCAGGGGCCAAACGGCCUACUUCUAUCCUUAUUUCUUAUAGUCUGUCUUAUCUUUGCCCUGUUCUUUCUUUGCUCUGCUGUCAGCUACAGUAGUCAUCAAUCAAAACUGGAAAUGCAGAUCUAUUAAUGUCUGGAGCAGGAAUGUCAGUUUAACAGACUGAAUCUACUCUGUCAGACCUAAUCUUGGAAUGUUGUGGAAACAUGGCCCAUUUCUUUCAGAUGUAGAGUAAUCUGCGGCACAGUGUCUGUGUUUUUGGAACCAAAUUCGGUUUCUCGUUUUUAUUCCUAGAGAUUAUAUUAGCUGCAAACUUUUGUCUCGAGGUUUUUGUUGGCUUAGGUGCUAAAAGUUGCCCUGAACCAGUGGCUGUUGGCUGGAUGAAUCUGCUCCACUGGUCCAACAAUCUGAAUUUAGCCUUUUACAGUCCCUUGAGAAUAGGAAUAUCUUUGCCAGUAGAUCGUCCUGACAAACUGAUGUUUCUAUCAGUACGUUCUCUCUGUUUGCAUUCAGAAUGAGUGCUCUCAUGGUGCUAAGUUGAUGGUGAUUGAACUGACUACUGUGAAACAAGAACAUAGUAAAACUUAUGAGCACAACGUAAAUGAUGUAGUAUAUUACAAUGGCUUCUUAAAUUUAUGUGUAUUGCUGUUUUUUUUUACCAAGUUAGUAAUAUGUUUUUAAUUCUCUGAUUGUGCCUUAGUGCUAGAAUGUGAAGGCACACAGAAGUAGAUAGACAAUACAAUCUUGCAUUUUUUUUCUAAUUUUUUUAUUUAUUUUCCCUCUGAAAACUCUCCAUCCAGUAUAGAGUGCCUAGCCUCCACUCUGUGGCUGCUUGAAUAGUUAGUUAUGGUAAUACCAUUGUGGGGGGAGCUGAUGAACAAGCUUGACGUCUGAUCAAAGGUCAUCCAGCGGAAAUGUUAACUCUGUUUCUCUUCACAGAUGCUGCUUUACCUGUUUUUGUUUCAGAUUUCCAGCAUCCAGUAGUAGUUUCCUUUUGUGUUUGACAACCAACCUGUCAUUCUGUACCACAGUGCAGUGACUGAGCUCACAGCUUUAAAGUGUAACACUAACAAGCAAACAACCAUUGCCAGCUCUUAACUAGUCAAUCAGCACCUGAAUGAAGCAAACAGUGGGUAGAGAUAGUUCAACAUAGAGAAUCUGUGCUCAAAUUGAUGACCUGACUUUUCACAAUUAUGAACAUUUUCAAACUUUUCCUGUGAGUUUAUUGAUAUUAGUGGUAGACGUGAGUUAGUGAAACUGGUUCCCACCUAGCGCACUAUCAGCUAUUAGUUCAGUAAAAUGAUGCAGUAAGCUUUUUCCAUAAAUCCCUGUAAUAUUUAAACCCAGUUAGAUUUAACAUUGGGAACACCCUGCCUCACCUUUUUUUCUGCUUUCUAACUUGUUUUGCAUGUUUUGUUUCGUGGUUCUCAAGGUCUGAUGCAAAACUGUUGAUUUAACAAAUGAGAAUAUUUAUAUUCUGUAAUGCAACUUCUGUAGUGUGUUUUUGGCCAUGUGAAAAUCUGAGUAUCCUAGUGUGACCAUAUGUGUACCCAAACUUCUUGGCAUGACAAUGUGUUUAUUCCCAUUUGUUAACAUGUCUGUGUGUCCACAAGCAGCUCGAGAUUGGAUACACAUACAUGGGCUUAUCUGCGUACAUACCUCAACAUAUCCAUUUGUUAAUCCACACAUUUGUAUAUCUUUAAUUGGUACAUUUAAUUAUGAUGAUAAACGACAGAACAUGUAACCCAGCGCAUUCAUUUUAGAUCAUCAUGUUGAAACUGAGGCCUAGAGUCUUAGUCAACCGAACCUGUACUGUAAGAGGCAAACAUUAAUGAUGAGGGUGUAGAUGUUUUCUAGUUCAACAGGAACAACCUCCCUACAGAUUGAUGACUUGAUUUUUCAGUGACUUUGACCCUGUCUGAGCUGAGUUAAGUAAAAAGAUUGGAAUUUUAUUUUCAUUUACAGGAUGUGGGCAUUCAUUGUCUAUCCCAAGGGUCACAUGCAAAGCAGAUCAGGUAAAGAUGGUAGAUUUCCUUCCCUAAAGAGCACUAGUGAAAUGGUUUUUAUAACACUGAUUAUGUGCUCACAGUUAAGCUUGUAUUUUAUCCUAAGUUUUUAACGAAUUCAAAUUUCACAUCACCGUGGUGGGAUUUGAACCUGUGUCCCUAAAGCAUUGGCCUUGGGUUCUGGAUUAUUAGCCCAGGUAUAUUACCACUAUGCCACCAGCUCUCCGUGAAAAGAUUAUUCUAAUACCUGUCUGGUCAACUCAAAAGUAACUGGUCUAAUUAUACCAUUCCACCAGCUUCUUAAACGCACCUCUUAACUAAGCUGUUUAGUCUUCAACAGAAUCUAACAUUAACUUUAAGGAAACUGCUUUGGGUCAGUUCUUGACACUUUAUUUUGCCUGGUGGUGCUUCCCAAUCUCCAGGCACUGUCAUCAUAACUUUACCAGAACUUUUUUAAAAGUUAAAAGAUUCAGUAUUAUCUUCUGACUCAACGUUUCAAGUCUUCAGCAAAUCUCUUUAUGCAUCCCUCAAUUCAGUCAGUAGAUGGAGUAAGCUAUUCUCUACACUGCUAAAUGGCUAGCUCGGAGUGGUAUGAGGAAGAAGGGGGAGCAGAAGUGAUGAAACCUUAGUUAGACAAUCUGUUGUGGUUAAUUGAGCACGAAGAAGGGCAAAUAAUGAAUGUUUUGAGAGGUUAGUGUGAGCUUUGAACCCAGUAACCCAAAAGGAGGUGUUGGCAGGUAAAGUCAAACCAACAGCACAAAACAAACUGAUGAAUCUUUUUUUGUUUCCUGCCCAUUAUACUCUGCUGAUGGAGGAGGAAUUCCAGUCCAGACCUAUGUCUGUUCCAGGGUCUGCACCUCACAUUCUCCCAUUUAAUUAUAAUUCAGGUGAACAGAUGUACCACACAACAAAACCCCAAGUGAUUUUAAUCAUCUUGUACGCUCUUUAAACCAGAAUCUAAAAGGUAGUUUUGAAUGAUCUAAUUCCUUGAUUAGAAAGAUCUAUUUUGCUGUACUGCUAGAUAUGUGUAUGGAGAUCAGUCAUCUCUUAGGGAUAGCGAAGAUAUGAAUUCAAAUACAAAAAAUAUUGUCAAUACUAGGUGGGUCCAAAGCAUCAGCAUGCAGACAAUACAGUUCUGGGUGUGAUAAUGGGUACCUAAUGAACUAUAACCUGAACUGAUUGACUUAUCCUAGCUGUUUUGUGCUGCAGUUUCCAAUUUUACUUCAAGAAUUAUGGGUUUACAUCAGAGCAGACGUGAAUGGCCAGUUGGAAAAGGUGUUGCAGAACAAGGCAGCAUUGCAGAAGGUGAUGUACAACUGCAGUCAGAGACUGCCUUGGUGCAGGUACUGGAUGUAAGUCAGAGAUGUCACUACUUUUAAAAUGAAAGCUACAACUUUGAAAUUCUUUUUUCUAUUUUGGUCUAAAAUAGUUAAGAAAACAAUUUCCUAAAUAAAGGUGAGCUGGUGAUUGAAAUUGACAUCUUGUGUGUAGGAAGGAGGCUGAGUGGGGAGGGAGGAGUAUGGAAAGGGAAUGUGGGGAGGGGUCUCUGUGGAGAGGGGAUUGUGUGGGGAAAUUUUGCUGUAGAGAAACUGAUUGUUCCUGAACUUAAUACUGAAAGGAUAAUUUCAGAUUAGAAUCUAGAAAAGAGAACCGUUCUGUUGACUAUUUUCAGUAAAGGCUUUGGGAGAGUUGAGUUCAGGUCAGGCAUCCCUAGCUCACUGACAUGCUGGGUCUCAGUUACAAAUUGCUGUGUUUGGUGGCAGUAAUUAAUAUGAAAGCAUCAAAUUGAAAAGGACAUUUGAGCAGUGUGCUGAAUGUCACCAUACCCAUGCUUAAUGAUGUGGGUUUCAGAGUGAAUGAAAUCCAGGGUUUCUGUCAGAUCUGACGUGCCUGUCAUCUGAAGUGCAAGGAAUGAACGAAUCAAAAAAAAAUCUUGCUUUCAGAUUGUCCUCCCAUUGAUUUGUAUUUUACAGAGUACUUCCUCUUUGUGUUUGCAAGAUUUAUUUUAGUACCUACUAUUCAUUCGAUCUAAUUUUCAAAUGAAGUUUGUUGCUGUAAUUAGCAUCGGAGGCUUUAGGCAAUUGGUAUAAGAAGAGAUGGCUGGGCAGACAGCUCCAAUUGACAGCAGUUCAUUGCAACCACACCUGAAGGACCAGCCAACAGUUUGAAAUGUUACAGUUUCAAGAAAUACAAAAGUCCCCAUCUCCAAAACUCUGGUCACUCGAAAGUUUGAUUAGAUAUUCAGAUAUUCCUAAAAUGUACAGAUUCAUCUUGUGGUGUACCAGUUUUACACAGGCCGUCAUGUUCUCAUUCUAGUUGGUGUGCCUGGCAGUUGACAUGCAAAUCAUCAAGUGUAUUUAUUUGUCACUUUGUAUGUGUGUUGGUGAGUGUAUUUGUAUUUCUGCUUUCAGUGCUAUCUUUGAUUACCAUGUGCUGCUUACUAAUCUGUAUCGUUUCAUUGUAAAAUCCCUCAUACACAUUUGUGCUGUUAGCACAACACAUUGUUUUGAUAAUUCUGAAAUAAA